UAUUCUGUUUUGUUUUAUUUUAAGUGAAAAGUUGUGCAUUUUGUGUUUUGAAUUUAAGUAUUAUUCAUUUUUAAAAUAAAAUAUUAAAAAAUGAGUAGAAUAGAUGAAAAAAGAUCUUUGGAAACAAGCCGUGGAGUGAUAGAUUAUAUGACAAUCGAUUUAAUAAAACAAAUAGAAAGACACCCGGUCAUUUGGGAUAGAUUGCAUCAAGAUUAUAAAAGCGGCGAUGCAAAAAGUGUAUCUUGGCAUGCAAUUGGACGCGUUUUUGUGCCAUUCUAUGAUGAUAUUGAUGAAGAUGAACAACGAAGUAUAACCCAAUCUUUAAAAAAUCGUUGGAAUAAUUGUGUAAAGGGUUUAAUGAAAGCGGUGACGCUGAAAAGAAAAAAUGAUCGACGUUUUUCUCCAUUUAAAUACACCCGUGAAAUGAAAUUUUACUUAGAGAUGAGGGGUAUGCAAAUAUCGGAUAUCUAUGAUGCCGAGGAAAAUAUUGGAAUUGAGGAGAAUCAAAUAAAAAAAGAAAACGAUAUAAAUGAUGAAGACGAAGAGGAAGACAUCGAACCCAUGGAAGAAUGUGAAGAGAUGAUUGUAGACGAACAGCAAUCACCCAAAAAUAAAAACAACAAAACUGCUGAUACUUCAAUAACAUACCGCUCGGCGAGAUUACGUGAAAAACAAACUGCUUUAGAGAAAAGCUUACCUGAGAAGAAAUCUAACAGUCCAAAAUACACGAAUAAAACGCAAAUUAAGACCACCCCCAUUUCUAUUAAUGGAAGUGUCUGCUAUUCUAUGGCGGAUAGUAAUACUUCAAAAGAAGAAAAUGAUAAAGAAGAUCUUUCUCAUUACGGCACACCUCAACUAAAAAAGCAAAAAACUUCGGCAGCUGUAAAUGAUUCUGCAAAUAUUUUACAAAAUAUUCAUCAACCUUUAACAUUUUCAAAUGAAUCGGAUGCUGCCGAUCAGGCUUUCUUUGAUUCGAUUAAACCAGCUUUGCGUAAAAUGAAUGAAACCCAAAAAUUGGAUUUUCAAAUUGAUAUUUUACAAAUAUUAAAAACAUUUCGCACCAACUGAAGUUUAAACAUAAUUAUUGAUAAUUUUGUAUAUUUAUAAGCAUAUAUUUUUCUUAUUAAUAUAAUUGUUUAAGAUUU